AUGGGAACUAGCCGUUUAUUGGCCGUGGCCAUUGUUGCACAUUGGUUCGUGUCUUUGGGAUGGUCCUUUUCCUUUCCUCAUCCAGCAGCAAGCAGCACUGCAGAAGGUCUUGUAUGCGUGGAGGAAACUAUGGAACGCGAUGUAUACUCCAUGAUGGAAUGGGCUUUCAAUGCAUGUGGUGUUCAAAAGGCAGAUGGCUUUCAAUUGACAACAAACGACGGACAAGAUUAUGAAGUCUACACCGAACAGGAUUUGCCAGAAGGAAGUCCCAUACUCUUUGUGCCGAAUGAACUUAUAUUUGCUUCUUACAAAGCAGUCCAAGAAUUUGGUCAAAUUCUCGUAGAAGCGGAGAAUAAUGGUCCACUAUCGCCUUCGCAACGACCUCUCUUUCGAGUCUUUUGCAAGAUUCUGACCGAAUACGAAAAGGGUCAAAGCAGUCCUUGGUAUCCUUGGUUGAAUUCGACGCCUCGGUUGUACAAUACAGGUUCUGCCAUGACAGAUGCAUGCUUUGAAUGCUUACCUCCAUAUGCUGCACAAUUGGCUCUGGCGGAUCGACAAAAUUUCAUCAACUUUCAACAAACCAUCAAUCUGGUGGCUGGCAGCAACCUGAUUAGCCAAGAAACCUUGUCCAAUGUCAAAGUAUUGAAAUGGGCGUAUAGUGUGGCCAUGACGAGGUCCACCGAAUGGAACGGCGAACGACUCAUUGCACCAAUGGCAGACAUGUUGAACCACGGAACGGAAACGGAGGCUCAGAUUACCUACGACGAAGAGGGGAACUGCUACGUCUGUGCCUCGAAAAACGUUCCAGCGGGGUCACCCUUGAGGAUAUCCUUGGGAGAUCCUACGGACCCUUCCAAGCUGUUUGCAACCUUUGGGUUCUUGGACGAGUCAUCACCUACUGUCUUUUGCAAAGCUGUCCAUCUCGAAAAUGAAAUGGAUGAAUUGGGCUAUUCCAAAUCGGAUCUUCUAUUUUCCACCGAAACUGGAGAGAUUUCCAUGCAAGUCUACGAUGUUCAACUCUACGCGAUUCUACAAGAGAAUGAUUCCAACUUGGCGGAAGCCUUUUUCCAAGCCGUCAUGAGCAGCGACGAAGCUACCAAAGGCCAAUUCCACAAUCAAUAUUGGGAAUAUACCAAAGCAGCAUUGGAAGAACAUGUUGACGGGCUAUUGCUUGAUUUGGAGGAGUUGUCGGCCAAGGCAAAGAGCUACGACAUUCGAACGCACCCUAGAGUUCCAGUAAUCCUGCAGCACAAUGAAUUUGUGAGAAAUACCUUUUGGCAAGUCAAGCAAAACCUUUUGCGCAGUGUUUUGUAA